GACUUGUUGCGAGCUUCGCGUGCGAAGUCUUGCGAAUCGUAGGGCUUCCUUGCAUCUACAUAGAUCCAUCUAGAUAUCAUAUGCCCUUAUCUUAGUACUUCUAGCAGGCGCUCUAUUUGGCUUAGAUUUGGUUUGUGUAGGUACAAUAGCUCUUAGCCGCAGGAAUCAUUUACUGGUCCUCCACGAAAUCAAGGAGCUGGGGUUGUGAGCGUUUUACGAGUGUAGUUCGUGAAAAAGGAGGCUUAGCCGCUGUCAUCGAGCGCUUCUGUUUGUAAUUUGUUUUGGGGGUGUUGCCUUUUGGGUCUGGGCAGUAGAUUCGGGAAUAUACUUGCCGCAGCCAGAGUUUUUGAUGUGCGCUGAGUCUCCUCGUCCAGAAACCGUUCGGGGUGGGAGGAUUGUCAGGGGUUCUUUCCUCCGAGUGGAAUUUGGGGGCAGCAUUUAGCUACUAGUGGCGCGACAAUAACCAUUUUAGCACUCGCAGAAGCUAGUUUUUAGAAACUUUUUAGUGAAGCGUAUCCAAGAUUCAGUCGGACAAGCACAAGAGUUCUUCCGAAGAUCGACCAUGAAUUGGUAUUAGGUUUGCAAAUCGAGGGGUGCGCCUGCGUGGUGAUGACUAUGUGAUCAGGUGACCAAAACGGCUCGGAUAUUCUCGUUCAGUUGGACUCGCCGUCCAGAGAUUGGAGACGAUAGUGGCGCAGAAGCGGAGUGUGUCCUUCAAACCUUGGAAAUGACGAAGUGGACGUCAGCCGUGUCCAAAUAAUUUGCAAGUUUGUCUUCGUGUUUACCCUGCCAACCCAGGGACCUCUCACAUUGCAAGGUUCUAACAUGGGAUCUGACAUUGCAUUGACUGAGACGGAUCUGAGCGGGAUGCUGCAAACGAAUCACCCGAGUCAGGGCCACAUAUCGUUGACCAACAUGCUGUCUUCCAACUCCGUGGAUCCCAAUUCCACAGGACGGGACUUGUUUUCGGGACCAUUACCGUAUUCUCCUAUUCAAAGGCAGCAAUCAAUUGGUGGUCAGGGGCAGCUAACUCCUUCUAUGAAUAUGAAUAUGAACAUGCAAAGUGGGAGUUUGGAGAGGCCUAGCAUGUCCUCCCUCGGUUCUGGAGGAUCACAGUCAAGCAUGUCGCAGUCCACGCAGUGGCCAUUUGCAAGUGAUGAGAAGUGGGAGAUGGAUUGCAAGAACGAGGUGCUCGAUUCAUCAAUCCGAUUGAAUGCCGGCGGGUUCGGUGCACGCAUGGAUGCUCCUCUGCAACCGCUAAAUUCUUCUCUUGCCCGCACGUCGAACCUGCAACGUUACCAUUCUGCUCCGAGCUCGAUUUUGCAGUCCUUGGCUGAGUUCAACGAGGAAUCUUUUCCCCACAUUUCGAGUCCAUUGGGAAACAGCGCUGAUAGCAACAGGGAUGACCAUCCGAUGUUCUUUAAUGAGAAUUUGGUUCCCAUCAUGGAAUCGGCUCCUUCGAGGUGGACUCAGCAGUCAGAACCAGAGAAGGUAGCUCUGCGCUCCAAUGCGAUGAGCAGCGCAGAACAGUAUUUUGCUAUUCAAGCAGAUAAAGCGAGACUGAACGCUCUGCAGGACUCGGCGAUGGCGAAGGAAAACAUGGAGAAUUCGUUGUCUCGAAUGCAGAACAUUGCUCGGGGGGCAGCUGAACUUCGUGGUGGCGGACCAGUGGAUGUCUCUCUUUUCCGUAAUCGCUCACUAAACAACAACUUGCUUCGUCAGAGCAGCUCACCCGCUGAUUUGCUGGCCGCUAUCAACGAGAGAGAGGACGAGAUGAAUCCAAAGAUGCAACCACUACGCUCUCAGGACGAUAGCUUGUCCGUAGGCUCAUUUGGUGAGGAUCGUUCAAAUAAAAAAUCCAUAGAUAACAUGUAUUCGAACCCUAUGUAUGUAUUCAACGACGCCAUGAUGGGUGGUGGUGGUGUAUGGGGGAUGCCCACAAACCUUAAAGCAAAUUUAGGAGGGAAAAGGGUGCGCUUCCCCGAGGAGAUGAUGGAUGACUCCGAUUUGCUUCGAGACAACUCUCAGAAUCCUACAGGUGGAAGGAUAAACUCAUUGACUAGACACCAAAGUCUGCCGACGAACAUCAACCCAGGAGACCCUGCAGCAGCAAUGGGCAUGGGCUACGACGACCUCCUCGACUUGUACUCGCCUUGCAAAACCCGAGCUCGCCGGGGAUAUGCUACUCAUCCCCGCAGCAUAGCCGAAAGAAACCGCCGAAGUCGAAUUAGCGAACGCAUGAAAAAAUUACAAGACCUAGUGCCUAACAUGGACAAGCAAACAAACACAGCAGAUAUGCUUGACGAAGCGGUUGAGUACGUAAAGCAUCUACAAACUCAAGUGAAGGAUCUUUCGGAGACAAUUGUGCGUUUGAAGAACAGCAUUAGAGCACAAACCGCGAGUUGAAGAUUCUGCAACACACCAAGUUUGCUCCAUGAAAGUGGAUUCAUGCGGACGUUUAAUUCCUUGGAACCCUUCGUAGCGGGCAUUGGCAAUUGCCACUCCACGGCAUAACUGAGCCUACAGUUUUUGGGAUUUGUUUGCGUCCUUUCGAAGACAUCAUACCUUCCUUCCUCGUAGAGCGGAGAUACACAUCAGAGCCUCUGUGGGUUUGGCAGUGUGCUUUUAUGUCUGCAGCUCCUGUAUGACUUGGAUGAGGGAAAUCAACAUCACUCGCCGUCAUCUAGGUCGUCGUCGUCGUCGUCAUCUUUUGAAGGCCACUUAUGAAUCCCAGACUUUGAAUUCCGACAGAGGACGGACGAACACACGGACUUCAACUGAUCAUUGCACUGUUAGCGAGUGCAUCCUCACUGUAAACUAUCUCGUAGUUGGUAUGGAACCGUAUUCACCUUGCCAAAACCACAUGGUAGGCUUGCAUUAGCUGUUGGGUUCUAGAGGAGCCCCCUGCUUAGCCUAUUCAAACUGCAUAUCAUUCCGUCGUCUCAACCCUGGAGAUUGUUUCCUGAAUCUUUGAAAGUUAAACUUUCAUCAAUUGGCUCACGUCUGUAACUUCUUAUCUCACAAGGAAUGGAAACCCUGGAGUGAGUCACUGAUGGUGAAGAACCCACGC